CCGCGAAGGAAAAUACCAAGAAGAGACCCGAUGUUGUUCGAAACAAGGGAUAUCCGGUGCAGAGAAACUGCAAAAUGAAGUGGUACCGGUAUCGCGCUUAUUCCCCCGAAAAAAUAAAUUAAAAAAUUGGGAACAUGCGAGGCGAAUAUCGGGAUAACUUUUCAAACAAUUCCCAAGUAGGUCUUGUAAAAAAGUUCGGAGGAUAAAUCGAGUUUUGAAAAAGUGCAAUCGAUGGAAUAAUUUCCAGUCUAGCUGACGAACGCGGUGAAUUAUUCGUGCGAUAAGAAUCUUGAGUUACGAGUAACGGGCAAAGAAAAUAACUCUCCGCGGGUCUCCGUAUACAUAGAUCUACCGAGUCGCGAAUCACCGGGAAUAACGUACGAUUGGUCAGUCGGGUGGUGUGACGUCGGUAGCUCCGGGGGUUGGAAGGGUGAGUUUAACGGCAACGUAUCGGCGUCGUCGUCGGCGGGGUUGAAUCCGGUGACAAGGGUUCGCGGUCUUUCACAUGCCUCGGAACGGCGACCGAGGUGACUGUUCAAACACGAGAAUGUCCGACCUGGACUACGGUUGAUCUAAUAAAGUGCUCCCCUCGUACGCGAUUUGUAAAUUGAAUAGAUCGUAUCACGCACCACUGAACCAAAUGUGAGAAGAGUGAUCCGGUUUGAGGAACUCGAGAAGGAGACUCCCGUGCCAUCGUAACCGAUAAUCAAAGUGACCCAAAAGUGAUAUUAGUUGAUACGUUGUAAAUUUAAUGAUAUAGGAAUUUUGAUAAGAGAACUAUCGAAGUUGCUGAAAAGGACUGGAGAAAAAAGACAGAGGCCGACGCAGUUAUUUUUAAUACCUUCGCGAAUCAUAGUGUCGGGGAUAUCGAAGGAACGUAACGUACGUGCGAGAAUAAUUUUUGAAUACCGAUGUCAACGUUGUGAAGAAAUUCAUCAGGAUGCUUUUGACGGCAACAUGGAUCGAGGCAUGGAUUUAUUUCGGCUGCAUUUCCGUUCUGGCCGCGGGAGCGCGUCCGCAAUUCGACACUUCCACUUACAUGGGACUCGUCCUCGUCCCCGCCGACGCAGAGGUCGAUUCCGUGAUCUUCCGCCUCCGGGCUACCGAUCAAGACGCCGAUUUUCCCCUCAUAUUCGACAUAACCGCUGCUGUUCAGCCCAUCGUACGGGUGGAGAACCUUCCAUGCACUCUCUAUAACAAAGUCUGUCAGGCAAAUGUGAUCCUGACGAGGAGGCUGGUUCCCGGACGUUUGCACGACUUUGCGGUUCGGGUCAGAGAUUCUAAGGGUGAUUCGAAUUCGAUGCAAGCGACGAUCUCGGUGACGAAUGCGACGACACCCCGAGACAUGAUUUUCCCUCACGUCCCGUCGAUCAUCAUGGUCCCGGAGGUGAGAUUUUCCCUUUCCCUCGACCCCGAGAUAGGGCUAUUCAAUCUUCGGCGAUUCUUUUCGCAGGACGCCAAGCCGGGAAAGGAGUUGGACUAUCUUUUGGUGAGGGCAAAUCCUUGGCACGGUAAACCGGUGUACAUUGAACUCUGGCAACCUAAGGAAUUAUUUACCAUUCGUCAGCGCCAGACACCGACGCAAACCCGAGGAGUUAUUACGCUAAUAGGUGAACUAGAUUUCGAAACUCAGUCGAUGUACACUCUGACGAUGUACGCAACGGAUCCUUACACCGAAGUUGGAAAAGACACAAGGAAUAUCGCGGGGGUUCGCGUCGUCGUCAUCGUCCAGGACGUUCAGGACGUUCCUCCGAUAUUUACCAUAGCUCCCCCCUUGACUAGGGUCAACAAUUCCGUUAAGCCUGGGGACGUAAUUCUACGAGUACACGCCGAAGACGGUGACAAGGGGACUCCGCGAGAAGUUACUUACGGUCUGGUCUCCGAGGGAAAUCCUCUCACCCCGUUCUUCAAUAUUUCGGAAUGGACCGGGGAAAUAAUCUUAGCCAGACCUUUGGAUGAGUUGACCAAAAUCACGCACGUUGGAGCUCCGAUUUUGCUCACCGUAGUAGCUGAGGAAGUUCGUCGUUCCCGAGAUGAGCCUCCUGGACAGGCGACGGUCGUGGAAUUGGGACUCCUCCUCGGAGAGGCAGGGAAUAGCCCUCCCUAUUUCGAGAGCGACAGCUACGUGGCCUGGAUGGACGAGAACGCGCCUCCUGGCACAGUGGUGAUGUUUGACCAUCCCUAUUUAGCCAAAGUUCGAGAUGAGGAUAUCGGGAAGACGGGUGUAUUUGCUCUGAAGCUAGGAAACAACAACGGUACAUUCGAAGUAUCACCGACGGUGGCUGAAAGGGUCGCUAAUUUCGUUGUUACUGUACGAGAUAAUACUAUGAUGGACUACGAGGCCCGCAGGACGCUCGAAUUCACGGUGAUUGCACAAGAGGUUGGACCUGCUACGAACCUCUCCGCCUCCGCACCGGUCACCAUUUUUCUCAGAGACGUCAACGACAAUCCCCCAGAAUUUGAAAGGGAUAUGUACCAGGUGACGAUCGCUGAAAAUGUACCCCCAGGCACCAGAGUUAUCCAGGUAAAAUUCGAGUCACCCCCAAUCGCUCCGCUGCAUUUUUAUAUUUCCUUCGGUCUGCAGCGACGAUUCGAUACUGAAUUUCAGGUUCACGCGAGCGACAAAGACACGGGACUGUCCGGACGCGUGAGGUACACCGGAAUUAUUGGUCCUGGAAACGAAGCGUUCAGUAUCGAUUCCGAAACGGGACUGAUUGUUGUAACGAGGGGUUCGGGGUCAGCAUUGGAUCGAGAGACGUCCGCAACUUUGCAGUUGUUCAUCGAAGCCAGGGACGAAGAGGGCAAAGGACUUCUGAGCACCGUUCCAUUGACGAUCAACUUGUUGGACGUCAACGACAACGCACCCGUUUUCGACAAGUCCGUCUAUGAAUUCGUUCUCAACUCCGAGCAGACAAACUUUACGAUACCAGCUUUCAUCAGAGCAAUCGACGCAGACGCCGAGCCACCCAACAACGAGGUCCGAUACGAGCUGGUGCACGGUAAUUACGGGAAUAAAUUUUACCUGGACGAAGUUACGGGUGAAUUAAUCCUGAGGGAGCCGCUGAAUAAAUCUCGGCGCCGGAGAAAUAACCCUUACGUUAAUUUUGCGGCCAAGUUCAGGAGCGAUUUUCUACACACCUUGAGCACCUUCCGGAAAAUCGGUGCCCCUACCGACGAACCGUUGAGAAUUUGGAAAAAUAGGAAAAAAAGAGCAGUCGACGACGUUGUGCUCUAUACUCUCACGGUUAGGGCGUAUGACAUGGGGGUACCACAUCGCUCAAACACGGCGCAGGUACGUGUAAUUACUGCGACCCCCAUGGGGGCACUCACCCUGAUGUUAGUCGUGCCGUCCGAGCACCUGGACCCACUGCGAACAACGGAGACGUUGGCAUCGAUCACCGGUGGACGGGUGACUAUUCAGGACGUACGACCUUACAAUCAGUCGGGUCAACCCGGUGACAACAAAGGUGGCAGAAUGAGCGUAGUAGUGGCACGAGUCGAACCAACGAUGUCAGGUACGUUCCUCGUGGAUAUUGAAAAAAUUCAUCAGGCCCUCGCAGCUAAUGGGAUGGGGAUCGUACCCCCGGUGAAUCCAGACACGGAUCCACCCGACGGAAACUCUCUCGGAUCGCCGAAAGAAAAUCCCGUCGAAGAGAAUGUCAUUAAUAAAGAAGAAAAAACCGAAACAGGCAACGCGAAUGGUAAAGGCGGUAGCUCGACCGGUGUAACCGUAAGUGGAGCUGAAGAUGGCAAGGGGGUUGAUUCACCCGAGGGAAACAGAGGAGUGACUGUCGGGACAACCGGUAAAGGAACAGUAGGAGGUCCCGGUGGAGUUGCUGCUGAUGGUACCCGUGAAACACAAGGUGACGAUUCCGGAAUCGGGAUGGCUGGACACGAUAAAAGUGGAACAGCUGGUGGAGAUGAUAUUGUUACAGCUGGCCACGAUAAAAACGGACAGAAGAACGGUGGCCAAGGCGAUCCAACUGGCGGAAAAAAUGGUGGCGGCAAGGAUGGAAAUGGGGAGAAUAUCAGCGGGGGAAACGGAGGUAGAGGUCAAACCUCUGCCGAAGGCUCCGGUACAACCGCAAAGAGUGAAGUUAUGGAAAAUGCCGGAGGGACUCAAAUUGGAACUGGUAAAGAGACGAUUAUAGGUGGAGGAGGAAGUACCGGGAAAGAUUCCAGUGAUUCGGCAGCGGGAGGAACGGGUGGAGGUACCGACAAGGGAACAGCCGGAGAUAAAACAGCGGGAAGUAUUGGGGGCGGCGGUGGAGGUACGCCAGGGGGAGAAAAUACCGUCGAUUCCGGAGGCAUUGGUGGAGGAAUUAACACGGGUGCGAUCGACGGAAAGGCUGGAGGCAGCGCGGGGAGUACAAGUGGAGGUACGGGAGGAAAUAAGGGAGGACUCGCAGGAGAGGCCGGCAAAGGAUCUUCUGUCGUUGGGAGCGCAGAGAAUGGUGGGAACAUCGGGACAGGAAUAACGGCGGAACAUGGCAGCAUGGAAUCUAAUGCUAACGGAAAGUUCAACGUCGUUAAUAAGACGAGUGUUGUGUCGGAAAAUGAGUAUAUCGUUUAUAAGGCAGAAAAUCGACUGUUGUUAUGGCUUCUCAUUCUACUCGGACUUCUGAUGGCACUUGCGUUAUUGGCUCUGAUCCUUUGCUGCAUAUGUCCAUUUUGUCCCUUUUAUAUGGCGCCCAGAAAAAGACGGGUACAUUCGUUCGAGGUGGCUCACGUUUCGGACAACAGGCCAAGGCGACACCUUCGGCGGAAACAAAUUAACGCCGUUCAAGCUGAGUGGUCCGGAAAAAAACAGGCUUGGAGCGCUGACCCAAUGCGACAAAACUGGAAGUUUAAUCGACGUAAUACCAAAAAUCGUGGUCUCGCUUCUCUACCAGGAGACGUGGUAGCGGUCGAAACACCGCAAGCUACGACGUUGCGCCUUCGCGACGGUCCCCCUGUAUGGGGUAUUCCACGCCUUACCCACAAACGUCAAGACGAUCGCCUGCGCGUCGAAGACGUCGAAGCUGGACGGACUUAUGACACGGAAGAUAUAGAUUCUCUUCGGAGACACGAAGUAGAACGGGGCUCCGAUAUUCCUGUACGAAGUCUUGGCCGUGCGGACGAAACGUCACGUUUCACGCGAGAACAGCAUUUCUACAGAGACGGCAAUGCAGAGGUCCUUCGUUUGGUAACCAGAGGUCAUUUGGAGGGUGACGAAGUCUCACCACAGGCCCAGAGGCCUACGACAUUGGUUAGCGACCAGCAAAUUCUUGGCUAUCGAACGGACGGCAAGGAUAUUCUCCUCCGGCGAUUUAUCGAAGAUCAGAAAAAUCGGCGGCACCAGGAUUUGCACGGAAGCGGGCAAGAGAUGAAUGGUGCAGACGGUCUGGAAGCCAAGCAGUACAUUCGGAAUCACGAGCUGAUUCUGCUGCCUCGGAAUCUUGAUCGCGAACGGAGACAACACCGAGAAGAGAGAGAGCCCAGUGUCCAGCGUCUUGUUAUCGAUCACGGUGACCUCGACGAUGCCGAAGAGGAACUCAGAAUCCGAGACCAACGAUUCAAAGAUCAGGAGGCGGACCUUCGACAGCAAAGAAAGUUCGCAGCAGCAAUGCUGGUCGGCACCGCUGCUUCAAAAGCGACAGAGCAGAACACCCGGGCACUGGGAGGCGAUCCGAGUGGAUCUUCUUCACAUAUUCCCACUUAUUCCAUCCACGACGUUGAAUUGGCGAAGCAAAAUGCAUUGCUGACGCAACUCCUCAUGGACAGAGACGUUAGACACGUCGGGGUCGCAGGUCUGGAUCCCGGAAGUUACUUGGAAACGCAAAGUCUUCCCGGUCAAGUCGCAAUUGCUACUCAGACUGACCGAACGGCGGCCACGCAGACGGAACACUUCAUGCACGUUAGGAGCCGCAGCGACAACGACGAAUCGGAGGAAGAGAUGAGAUCGAGGAAAAAAUUGAAAUCAAAAAAACGACUGGGCGGUGAGUUCAGACGAUCCAGGAGUUUCCGAACGAGGUCGCCGAUUGAAGAAGAAACAAAGUCAUCGAUACCGCGGAGUAAUUUGCUCCGUCAUAAAUCCAAGGAUGGUAGAGAGGGCAGGAGGGCUACUCUGGAAGCGGAAGUGCUACGGGAGAUAUCGGACUCCCUCGACGAACAAGGCACCACACCUUCUCCGGACGGGGCGAAAACUAAGAGUGCGAAUGAACGAAGAGUAAGAAAUUCCGAAGACGAGGACGAAACGCAACUCAGCGAAUUUCUGGCUCGUUCAUCGCCAGACGCGAGUAAAGACAAAUAUCACAGACGAUCGCAUGCAAAGGCGGAAACGGAAGAGACGUCAAAGGUACGGAACACCGGGAGUAGCGGCCGAAAGCAGUCGAGCCCUAAAAGGUCGAAGAAUAAAGUGCAGAAGACAGACGCAAAAUCUGCCAGCUCAAAGAAAGCGAGUCAUAAAAACGACGAGAGAAAGGAAAGUGACGUAACGUCAACGGAUGCUGGUAAUUCACAAAUGAAAACGUCGGAACCUCGAAGCAGCAAUGGGGAGACUGAGAGUAAGACAGAAGAUAAUAAGAAAAGUAAAAUCUCGUUGAUCUCAAAGUCUGGAAUAUUCAAGUCGACUGCCGAGAAGACUUUGAAGAAAGUCAAGUCCCGUGAAUCGGACGAAGCUCCUGUUAAGAAACGAGCAAUACUGCGGCAUCAAAAAGCUAAAAGAAUUAGCACAGAGAGUUCGGAGUUGGAAGAAGUUCCGGUCAGGACGACGCAGUCGAGUGUGAAAUCCAAGCUUCUGAAACAAACUGAAUUGCUAAUCGGCUCAAGCUCAAAACAAGAUCCGGUGAAAGAAAAAGAGACUGGCGACCUAAAAUCCGGGAGCUCGGAUAUUGAUCCCCCUAAAACAUCUCAACUAAGUGAACGCCAAUCAGAUUCUACUGCAAGUACCGAAGAGACAGAGCGAGAAAAACCAAAGGACAUGCAGAUAUCUGAAAAAACUGGUGCAAUUGAAGAAAAUGAAACACAAGUCAAUAAAGACAACGACGUCGCCGGAGUCUCAGAAGCUGCGCUGGACCAAGGUAAGGCAGAAUUACGUCAAAAACUGAUUGAACUUCCGAAUGCAAUGAUCAUGGGUAAGGCAUUCGAGAACGAUGAUGUUCAAAAAGAGAAUGACUCACACGACGAUACGAAAAUAGCCAGUCAAGAAAUUCCAGACAAAUCUCAAGGAACAUCAUUGAGAAUAAACUCCGAAGAAGAAAAAGAACCAAUCAUCGUUGACGAUGCCCGAAUAAAUACGACAGUAAAAUCAAAAACUUCGCAACCUACCGAUAGUGUUUCGUCACAAAAAUUGUUGGAUAUCGGGUGGAAUAUUUCAGACAAACCACAAGAAAUUGAACCAACGAAUUCAGGAUUUGAAAUAUCGACAUCCCGAGCCCAAGAUGAACUUGAGCCUGUCACUAGCAAGAUAUUAGAAACUGCAGAAAAAAAUCUGGAGAAACCUACCGAAGAAAUGUUGACAUCAAUUUCCAGCGACGAUCAAAAGAAAAGUGCAGAAGAUAAUACCGAAUCACCCGUGGAAAUGAAAUCCAAAAUCGUUAUCGAGAGACCGAAUAUUUCAGAAAAACCACAAGAAAUUGAACCGACGAAUUCAGGAUUCGAAAUAUCGACAUCCCGAGCCCAAGACGAACUUGAGCCUGUUACUAGCAAAAUGUCAGAAACUGCAGAAAAAAAUCUGGAGAAUCCUACCGAAGAAAUAUUGACAGUAAUUUCCAGCGAAGAUCAAAAGAAAAGUGCAGAGGAUAAUAUCCAAUCACCCGAAGAAAUGAAAUCUAAUAUCAUUACCGAAAAAGUGUUAGAGGCCACCGAAAAAACUCCAAAUUCUGAGCUCCAAGAAAUCGAUUCUCAUACACCGAAGCCCAGAGAUCAGGUGGAACCAGUGAAAGCGCAGCUCGUCUCAGGUAGCAAGGAGAUUCCUCCGAUUGAUGAAGAUGGAAAUGGCACACUCGGUGAACUUCCACCAGCAUCAGAAUCACAAACUGCAGAAGGUGGAGUAAAGGCUUUCGACGAAGAGAAGCAGCCUGAAACUGAACCAAGUGUUGAGGAAACGGUGAAAACCCCCACACAACCUGAAAUUGCGAUGCAAGUUUCAAGCGAGUCACAGUCCACCCCUGCAGAAGCGGAGGAAGAGCAUCCAGUGCAGAUGACAGUGAAAAAUGCAGUCAUAGAUUCCAGCAAUGCUGAUCAGAUGGAAGACAAUGGACAUGUGAUCGUAGAAAAAACAGAUAAUACAGAAAUUGUCUCGAAUGAGAAGCCCGACGCUACUGAAGGAGCAAGUGAAGAACCUCAGAGUCUUGAUGGUGUCGGAGAAUCUGCGAAAGUACGAGAUGUGAGCCCUCCGAUCGCAGAGUCAACUAUUUUAGCGUCAACUGAGACGGCAGAUGAGGAGAAGCAGCCUGAUAUUACUGAGACCAAGAGUGAGUCACUCAAAGAUUCAUCGGACAAAGAGACAUCAUCCAGGCAAGAUCCAGGAGGAAGUGAAAAGCAGAAGCCGCCAAGCAAAUCAAAGGAGGAAGUAGCUUUAGACAGUUCGGAACAAAAUCAACUUUCACCAGACAAGUCACUUCCACUCGAAAAUAAAUCCAUCGAUGAAGAAAGCGGUAGCGCAGGUAGGAGGAAAGAAACUGAACCGGAAAAGCAUCGCUCGCCAAAAAAAAUUAUGGCAAAAAGCCCUGAUAGGAAGUCCGAGGAGAAAAAUAUUGUUCGAACUUCUGACGAGGAAAAUUAUCCAAAAACGGGAUCACCUUCAUUUUACGUAUUAUCGACCUCAUCCUCCGCGGAGGGCUCGGGUCCUGACCCAGAAACGUCACGAGAAGAACCAAAUCCUGACUCAAGUAUUUCUGAAAAAGCUAUCCGUGAACCAGAUAUUUUCCACAUACCUACAACUAUCGAGACCGAAGAGAUUCGGUCUGAAAAAGAGAAAAUUCAGGAAAAGAGUGAAGUUCCUUCGAAGUCUUCGAAUCCAGAGGAACUGCGAUUGGGUGAAUGGGAUAGCCGACAAAUCCCACUGACCGACAUAUCGGGGGAACCUCUGGAUAAUUCACAACCAUAUGAAACGCCCAGGCAUAGAUCGAAGAACAGAAGACGGAGUGAUCACAUAGCAAAUAUUGAAACUAGUUUUUUAACAUCCGGUUUUAUGGGAGAAGACAAACGUACGAGUGAGUCUCCUCUUCGCCAGUUGGUCUUAUCAUCGGACCAAGAUCCCCAAGCGACAAGAAUGGAGCGUGAUCAAAGCCCUGGUACGCUCACAUCCAGGGCCGAGGAUUAUCACUCGACGCCGAGAUUGAUCGCGGAAGAGGCGAUCCGCAGUGGACUUCGCGAAAUAAUUUCGAGUUCCGACUCGACGAAAAAGAACAGUUCCGGUCGAAUUUCAUCGAAGACAUCUCCUGAAAACCAGAGCCAAAGAGUCAGUGAAAUUCCGAGGCGAAGAUCUGUUAAAGAUUCAGCACUGCAAACCUCGGGUACCACGCAAUCCAAAAGAUCGACUUGGGACAAGAGCGGAAGCGUCGCUCAUUCGAUUAAACGCACCGACGAGCCUCAGGAGACUGUGCGGCAAACAAGCAGGCCAAAGACAGAACCCAAAGGAAAUAGGGCUCCUGAGACGGACGCGCAUCCGGCAAGGCCUCGAACGCAGCGCGGAAAAUCGAUCGAUUCUCGUCCACAAAUAUCACAGGAAUCAUCGGUCCCUCUUCGUGAACCACGACUCGGCCCGGCACCCAGGCGUUCCAAGACUUUGGAAAGGACGAAACAAGCGAAACCAACAACCGUAGAAGAUGUAAAAUCUCAAGAUUCAGACGCCCCGCAAGCAGGAGGACAUAUGUCGAGGUACAAACAAAAGCGGAUGGAGAUGGAACGAAGAAGAAGAGAAAUGAAGGAAGCUGCCGAAGAAGAGCAGAGGCCGAGGUGGCAGAAGAAACCCGUGAUCAUACCACCGCAACUCACUCAAGGAUCGCAAUCCCCGAAAGUGGAAGCGGCCGGCCGCACCAAGACCCCGGAAGGUGCCACCCCCAAGACGAGACGAAGGAUCAAACCCCUGCAAAACGCGGAGUCGGAUCAGCUCAGAGCCAUCGUCAAGGAGGGGAGGAAACUCAGGCGGGCAGAAGGUGGGGACAGCGACGAUCCUCCGGUAGAAAUUUUUGCAACGGAACCGCCCGUAAAAACGCAGACGAGCUUCCAUCAGCCUUCCUAUAAAUACGAACAGAUUCCAUCGCCAUUUUACCUCCAUCCUCCACCUCCGCCGCCACAUUCUUCGCCCCAAGUAUCUCCGCUUCACGGUGCGCCCUUGGAUCCCAGACGUCUCGACGAUGACCUUGACUCUGGAAUCGCAGUCUCGUUGCAGGGGGGGACAAAGCUUCGACAUCAACAAAUGUUGGAGAAAAAAAGUGUUUUCGAUAUAGCGUACAGCGACGCGGCACCUUCGCAAUUGCGGACCGAUAGCACUACGCCACCGUCGUAAAUUCACAAUCACUGAGAAGAUUGAUCGAUCGACUAACCCUCCAUGGAUUGUUCGCCUCUCGAUAAAUUAUCGAAGAGAGUGGAAAAAACGACGAAGCGGGGGAAUCGAUUGGGAUAUUUUUACCUAAGAGUAUGACAUUCGUAGUUAGGAGAUUAUUGGAAUAAAUAGAUUUGGAAUUCCCUGAUGUACGUAGAGAGAGAAUUAAAUUAUUAAAAAUUGAUGAUGAGGUUUGCGCUACCGUUGGAGCGCGUGCGAUCG